CUAGAAUUUCGGUCCCGCCAAGAAAAGCCCGCUUUGCUCUGCUAAUUCGAAAUGCCGGCCGAGCUCGACGUGCAGGGGACCCCCGCGCUCCCCCAGGAAAAGCCCCUCGCCGCCUCCGGCUCUUCCCCAUGUCACGGAGAGAUCCAGUAUCUCCAGCAGGUCGAGCAGAUCCUGAACUUCGGACACAAAAAGGAAGAUCGGACCGGGACAGGGACGCUGUCCAUCUUCGGGAUGCAGGCGCGGUACAACCUCCGAGAUGAUUUUCCAUUGUUAACAACUAAAAGAGUAUUCUGGAAAGGAGUACUUGAAGAACUACUUUGGUUUAUCAAGGGUUCUACGAAUGCAAAAGAGCUUUCUGCUAAGGGAGUUAAGAUUUGGGAUGCCAAUGGUUCUCGGCAAUUCUUAGACAAACAAGGAUUUUUUUCUAGAGCGGAAGGAGAUCUCGGUCCUGUUUAUGGCUUCCAAUGGCGACAUUUUGGAGCUGAGUACAAAGAUAUGAAUACAGAUUAUACAGGGCAAGGAGUAGACCAACUACAGCAAGUAAUUGAUACAAUCAGAAACAAUCCAGAUGACAGAAGAAUUAUAAUGUGUGCCUGGAAUCCUAAAGAUCUCUCUGCAAUGGCUUUACCUCCAUGCCAUGCUCUCUGCCAGUUUUACAUUUUAAAUGGUGAACUGUCUUGUCAGUUGUAUCAGCGUUCUGGAGACAUGGGACUGGGAGUUCCUUUCAACAUAGCUAGUUACUCACUUCUUACUACAAUGAUUGCCCAUGUUACAGGCCUAAAGCCUGGUGAAUUUAUACACACAUUAGGAGAUGCUCAUAUAUAUUUAAACCAUAUUGAACCCUUGAAAAUACAGCUUCAGAGGCAACCAAGACCUUUCCCCAAGCUCAAAAUUCUUCGUAAAGUUGAAAACAUCAAUGACUUCAGAGCGGAUGAUUUUGAAAUAGAAGACUAUCAUCCACACCCAGCCAUUAAAAUGGAAAUGGCUGUCUAAUGAAUUUUUUUCUGCA